ACGUGAUCCAUAUAUAUGCAUACCUAGUUUUUCGCACGCUCAUAAACCUCUCUCUCUCUUCCUUCUUCAAUCCAAUCUCUAUCUCUUUCCUUGCGCUUCAAGCAUUCAUAGAUAAGAUUUUUUAUCUUUAAUGUCAGUUUCAGCAAACCUACUCGAUGAGAACUUUCGCAACUUGCGAAAAGAAGUACCUUGUGAUGAUGAAAUUGGAUCUCCCAUCAACGACGACGAUGAAGAGUUCUCGACUACAAGUAUUAGGGUUCUUUUGGUCGAUGCAGAUUCCAAUUCUUUACUUCUCAUCAAGAAUCUCAUGACACAGUACUCCUAUCAAGUAACGAAAUAUGAGGACGGAGAAGAGGCCAUGGCUUUCUUGAUGAAGAAUAAGCAAGAGAUCGAUCUAGUGAUUUGGGAUUUCCAUAUGCCCCAUAUCAAUGGACUCGACGCUCUCAAUACCAUUGGUAAAGAGAUGGAUUUACCCGUAGUAAUCAUGUCUCAUGAUUACAAGAAGGAAACGGUGAUGGAAUCGAUUAAGUACGGCGCGUGUGACUUUCUUGUGAAACCGGUGAGCAAAGAGGUCAUUGCAGUUCUAUGGCGACAUGUUUAUCGCAAAAGGAUGUCAAAAUCUGGUUUAGAUAAACCGGGUGAAUCAGGUACGGUUGAAUCAGAUCCGGACGAAUACGACGAUUUAGGGCAAGACAAUCUCUAUCAGAGCAACGAAGAAGCCUCCAAAAACACUUCCGAUCAAAAGGGAGAGAAGCCUGCGACCAAGAAACCGCGGAUGCAAUGGACUACUGAACUUCACCACAAAUUUGAAGUAGCCGUCGAAAAACUCGGCAGCCUUGAGAAGGCUUUUCCGAAGACGAUUCUCAAAUAUAUGCAAGAAGAAAUGAAUGUCCAGGGGCUCACUAGAAACAACGUAGCCAGUCAUCUUCAGAAGUACCGUCAAAAUUCAAAACAAAAGACCAGCACUCACCAGGAGCGUCAAGAAGAUUUUGUCUGGCGUAAUGCUGGGCCAGAUGCCACUCUCGCAGCCUCUAAUCCGCCCCUAAGCUCGAACCUCAAUAUCCACGCUACAGCAUCGUAUUUGAUGAACAAUCAAGCUGCGCCUAGAGCAUCAUAUUUCAUGAACAAUCAAGCUGCGGUGAACGCAGCCCCAAUCCCGUAUCCAUCAAACAGUUGCCUGCCAAUGAACAACAACAACUACUUCAUGACCAAACCUUUCACUUAUAUUGACCAAUUCCAGCAGCAGCAACAACAGUACCAUUCUUCUCUAAAUUUACCUUCCAUGCUAACCAAGCAAGAACCUAGACACGUGCCAUCAUCAGCAAUGGAAAAUUUCGAUCCGUUCAUGAUCUCUAAUCCAACUUUCCAUUUCGAUCACGACGAGUAUUUCCCACCUGAAGGAUUCAACAAUUUCGAUCAGAUUGGUCAGAAUUGAUUCUCCAAUCUAAGCCCUUUUUAUUGUUUUAUUACUUUGGUCGAACCUAUAUAUGGUUUAAUAGUGAGUGAUCUAUGUAAUCACUUGCGUAGAUAUAAAGUUGAUUUGGUCAUGGUUAAUCUCAAUGGCAACAUUGAUAGUACUCAUUGUGCUUGGAUUAUGUACCUUUGUAUUCGGACGCUCAGAGGCUUUUUAAAAGGUUCUUUAUAGUCGACGAUAUUGUUAUAGAAACUCAAUAUACGAUUCUCACUUUU